AUGAAUCUCUCCGCUCAGAUAGUUUUCUUCUAGCAUGCCUCAUCUACAAACUGCAUAAUUAGUUUUAGCUGGCGGCCUCAAUUUGGUUCCAUUCUUCAAUCUCCGCUAUCACCCAAGAUUUCUGGCAUAUCGAGCUGUUUUAUCCAGCCGUAAGGCCAUCCGACCUCCAUCAUGGCUGAGCCACCAGCCAAACGCGCCAGGCGCAUGGACAGUUCAACGAUGUGGGACAUGAACGACAGACAUUCAAAACAAACUACCUACGCAGCAGACGAAGUGGAUGGCUCGGGAAGACGCGAUCGAGAUGAAACAAAGCGGCCUACGACAUCAUCACGAGCAGAGGGACGGCGGAGAUCUCGAUCGCGAGAAAGGGACGAUAAAAGACGGGAUCGCAGCAGAUCGCGGGAUCGAUGGGCGAGAGAUGGAUACAGAGACGGGCGACGAGACGGUGAUCGAGAUAUGCGCAGUGUAAGGGAUAGGGAUAGAAGCAGAAGUCGUGAUCGGAGUCGUGACAAGGAGUAUUCGCGACGAGAUUAUUAUUCUAAAUCUAGUCGAUAUCGCGACCGGCCCCGGACCAGAUCAAGAUCUCGAUCUCGCUCACCAGCCCGCAAUGGCGCAAAACUGCGAACAAGAUCACCGCCACGUGGUCCACGAUCCGAUCGGAAAGAUACUGGAAGGCGUAGCGUGCCUCCGGAUGCUGAUAGAGAACCCAACGGCUUGUCAGAUCGGAAACGACAGUCUUCAAGACUUGGAGAUGCCGUCAGGAUGGAUUUGGACGACGCUGCGGAUGCCGAUGAUAUGGAGCAGCUGAUGAUGAAGACAAUGGGGUUCAAGUCUUUCCGGUCUACACAAAAUACUAAGGUUCCUGGAAAUCAGAUCUAUGGCGUUCGGAAGGAGAAGAAGACAGAGUAUCGACAGUACAUGAAUCGUGUGGGAGGAUUUAACAGGCCACUGAGUCCGUCGAGAUGAUACCUUUAGCCGGCAGUUUCGGAUCUGUGGUUUCUUUUGCUUUUUGUUUCUAACUGCGUUGCAUUCCUGAGCGACAUUCGGCUGCUGUUUCCUCAAUUGAUUCAAACAAACGGAAUUUUGUGCAUCGAUUCAUAUCCAUUGUGGCUUAGGAAGAUAAAUGAGUUUUCAGGCCCAUUCCACCCCUUGUUGCUCCAUUUAACCAUGGAGGACCCAUUUUGAAAUGGACACUUACAGUUAGUA